AUGGCUGAUCGGUUGCCCCCGGAGAUCCUCUCGCUGAUUGCAGACUGCGCCCACGAUGAGGCUGAGGACAGCUAUCAUGGCAAGCCUCUCAUAGAACCCGGUGCAACGGAUCUAAGAAAUGCCGCUGCAGUGUGUUGGAAAUGGAAGGCGGCGUUUGAUCCUUUUGCGUACAAAAACUUUGAUCUCCAAUCCACGAACCUCUAUCCUUGGGGCCUUCACAAGUCCAACCUCUCUGUCUUUGAAGCCCGUACAUCAGGUGCUAUCGGUGUUUCACGCCGAAUCAUGGUCCGGGGCAUAGACUACAACAUCAAGAUCGAAUAUCGAGUACCAAACAAAGUCACAACUCAAAAGCUAAGCUCAAUUCAGACGGAAAACGACCAUGCCUACAGAUUUUCUGUCGCUGGUCUGUUUGAAGUUCUGAAGACGUGGGACAACUCGUGCCGUGUCGUGCUGGGCCUGCUCACUGAGUAUGGAUCUCGCCCAAAACAACCGGCCCCAACUGAGUUGGACGCCUCGCAAAGUUACUUCGAGUCUCUAGGCACUAUCAUAGCCAUUCCUGAUGUUUACUGCGUUGACACAUUGUACCUCGAAUCAAACGAAAACAUAAAGGACGACCGGCAGCUGUACGCUGUUUCGGCAUCAGCAUUCUUGGAAGUUGCCCACCAUUGCACAGGCCUAAGAACACUUAAUGUGCAUCUUCGAACUGCAUCCUUUCCAGUCUCGGAGCCUAAGCACCACCGUCAAAAACAGCGUUACGCCAUCGCCAUAGGUCUUUGUAGCCUUCCGUCCUCCCUUCGCACCUUCAACUUCAUUGAACACACCUUUAUCUCAGUCGGUUUUCCGCUCGUCCUUUCUCAGAAUGAAUAUCUAUUUGCGACGAACUUGAGGUCGAUGAGCGUCCAGCUUCGACACCUCGAGCUCUUUUGUGCUCGGCUUCCGCCAGACUUCUUACUACCUCUCGACGGAUCUGACAAGCCAAUUCAAAACACUCUCCAUUGGCCCAAUCUAGAAUCCGUUAAGAUUCACCAAGCUCCCACUUUCACCGGCGCUGGUUAGUUAUCCCGCUUGUUGUUUACUCAUUACCACGACUAAUGGCUGCGCUCGGCAGGCGAAACAGAG